UACCCAUACAACAAUAUGGCAUAAAAGGAACCUUAAAAGUGAUAGUAAUACUCUGUUUAUAUUUUUGUAACACACGUGCAAGUUGAGAUUUGAAAUGAUCGUGAACGCAAUCGCAAGAAGAAGCCGAUGGUGAAGCAACCCUUGCUACCCUCAACCUCCGGCGACGAAAGACGCCGCCCCCGGUCGCCUGGAUGUGUGGAGUUGAAGAAGCUAUGGCAAAUAGCAGCUCCCUCAAUCUUUUGUCGGCUCGCUAUGUUUUCUCUCACUAUUAUUACCCAAUCUCUCGCCGGCCACCUCGGCCAAAAUCAGCUCGCCGCCAUCUCCAUUGUCACCACCGUCAUCAUCUCCAUCACCUUUGGCUUCUUGCUAGGAAUGGCUAGUGUGCUUGAAAUGCUGUGUGGACAAGCCUAUGGAGGAAAGCAAUACUACCUGUUGGGUAUAUAUUUGCAACGCUCGUGGGUGGUAUUAUUUCUGAGCUCGAUUGCUCUUCUACCUCUGUUUAUUUUUCUCGAACCAAUACUGAAGCUCGUGGGGCAGCCGGAGUUAUUAGCGGAGCUGGCAGGUCAGGUGGCAUUAUGGCUGAUUCCUAUGCACUUGAGCUUUGUGUUCCAGUUCACUUUGACGAGGUUCUUGCAGUGCCAGUUGAAGACUUCUGUUGUUGCUUGGGUGUGUGGUGCGGUGCUUGUUAUUCAUGUGUUAAUAAGUUGGGUUUUCGUUUAUAAUAUGAGGGUUGGCAUUGUGGGAAUAGCCCUCACUCUCGAUUUCUCAUGGUGGAUGUCUGUCGUGGGGAUGUUUAUCUAUAGUGUCUGUGGUUGGUGCCCUAAUUCUUGGACUGGUUUCUCUACGGAGGCUUUCACCGACCUCUGGGACUUCUUUAAACUGUCUCUAGCUUCUGGUGUCAUGCUCGCGUUGGAGAAUUUUUACUUUAGGAUGUUGGUACUGGUCUCGAGCAUUAAAGGUGCAGAGGUUGCUGUUGAUGCCUUGUCCAUAUGCAUUAGCUUCUACGGUUGGGAGUCCAUGAUACCGAUGGGACUAUAUGCAGCAACCGGGAUCCGUGUAGCAUGUGAAAUUGGAGCUGGAAACGAGAACUCCGCAAAGCUUGCUGCUAAAGUUUCUGUCUUCAACUCUCUAAUGAUCGGUUUCCUAUUCUUUGUAAUAAUCAUUGCCUUCCCGGAAAAGAUUGCAAUGAUCUUCGUAUCUAGCUCCUCCGUAAUCUCAAUGGUCGAGGAACUAGCCUUGUUAUUGGCAAUAACCAUUCUCUUCAACUGCAUUCAACCGAUUCUUUCAGGCGUAGCUGUUGGAUGUGGUUGGCAAGUCUGGGUUGCCUACGUUAACAUCGGGAGCUACUACAUCAUCGGAGUGCCUCUCGGGAUCUUCUUGGGAUGGUAUCUUCAUUUUGGCUUAGAGGGCAUAUGGGCCGGGAUGAUCUGUGGGACGAUUAUUCAGACGUUGAUACUGUCCAUUAUCAUGGUUAGGCGUCCUUGGGAAAGGAGGCGAAACUCCAUCAUCGUAUCAACUCCUCCGUCCCUUGCUAAAAGGCAAAGACCACCACCGGAUCUCAUGAAUGAUGCCCAGUAAACUCUGAGAAUUCUGGCCAAAAUCUUUUAUUCAACACCCCCCCAAAAAAAUGGUCACCAGAGAGCUGAUGUGGCAUGGCUCAUCGAAGCCGGUAUGGGGGCAUAGCCAAAGUGCAACUGUUCAAAUGUCGUGUUAAAAAAUUGUACAUGUAAGUAUAAAGGCAUGGGAGCUCAUGGUGGUAGAAAGAACUGUCUUUGGUUAUUGGUUGUAUUUUGUUAUUUUGGAGAGUUUAUUGAUAGAUAUCUCGCUCUGUAUCUAUUAAGCUGCACAUGAACUUGUAUUACACUGUCAAUUGAUAGUGAUUUUUUACUCUUCAGCCACACAGAUAAUUACUGAAUUUGUAAUUGAAGGUAAAUCAUCGGAGCCAA